AAGCCAAUUUUUUUCCGAACUCCGAGACACAUGAUCCCAGAAUUUUGAUCUUAACGCUCGUGCAUAAGAAUCUUUUCGGGAUAAAUUCCUUUAUUUUUCGUUUUUAUUUUGCGCUACAGUUUGUACUUGGAAUCGAAAAUGCGUUUACUUUUACCAAUGGGAAUCCUGAUUUUGAACAUCGCAGCUACCGUAGCGACUAUAGGAAAGCUGGAUGAUAUUUUGGCCGAUGAUUCGAAUGCAACAUAUCCGAUGUUUGAGGGGUACAAAAGGAGCGCCAUCCGCCAGGUGGUUUAUGGUUUGAGAAGGUUCUGGGAAGUGUUUCUUAAGGAAUUCAUCAAUGCUCAGAGCUUUAUUGAUCGGCGUCGACAUUUUGUUGUUUCUCCGUUUGGUGUUUCGAUAUCUUUGACUAUGGCAGCAGCUGGUGCGCUCCACGAUUCAAAAUAUGUAAUCGAGGACGCUCUUAUACUUCCAAAGGACGAAAAAUUAAAAAGAGUCGCUUAUCAGGCAGUCAUAGAUCAAUUCAACAAUCACACAACGAUGCAGCUGCGUGUAGCCAACAGCGUAUUUGCUCCUACGGACAUCGACUUUAAACCCGAGUACGUUGCCUCUUGCAAAAGAGCUUAUCGUUCGUCGGUACAAUAUGUCGAUUUCAACAAAUCUGCCGAAGUGAUCAAACUCAUCAACAAUUUCUUCACGGAUGAAACACACGGCUACGUCGGACCAAUUCUCAAAGAAGAUGACAUCACUGGAAAUAUGACUAGUCUUCGUCUAGUAGAGUUGAACACCCUGUUCUUGAAGGGCACCUGGCUGCAAAAAUUCACCACGUGUUCCUCGUAUGGGUGUCCACUAAACAUACCUAUGAAAUUCCCAUAUACUUCGAUACCGCAGAUGUGGACAAAACAAGUGGUCCGUUAUGGAGAAUAUAGUAAAGGGGACGCAAGCUUCAUCGAACUUCCAUUCGUGAGCGACGAUUUUGAGAACAACAUGAGCAUGUUUAUUCUGCUACCCCACGGAAAAGAGGCAUUGUUCUAUCUCGAAAAAUAUAUUGAUGAAAUUCGUGUCCUAGAACUUCGUGAACUCAGCAAUUACAGAACCGUCAAUAUUCAGCUACCAAAACUUCAUUUUCAAACUAGAUUUGGAGUCAACGAGUCUCUACGACGACUGAAUAUGAGCAACUUGCUGGAUUGGCGGGCAGGAGAAUUCCAAUUUAUUGCGAAAAAAACUAGAUUAUUCAUCAAGACAUUUAUACAAAAAUCAUACAUCGAAAUUAAUGAGGACGGAGUUGUGGCGACCGCAGCAACUGGAAAAGUGCUUCGUCCAACAAGUUUCUACUACGCUCCUAUUAAAGAACUAUUUCAAAAGCGGCCCGAGGACCGGGUCGAUUAUAACAGUGUGCGAAUCGGGUCCAGUAGUAUGUCGCUGGCCGCACCAUGGUGGGCGGAAACCAAGAUCUCUAACAAUGGCAAAGAGGCUGAUGCACAAGAUAAAGAGGAAGUAAAUUUUUUCGCCACCCAUCCGUUCCUGCUCAUUAUCGCAACGAUGAAUAACAAUCCUGUCAAAAUCUUCGCAUCCCGGGUCUCAGUCUUUGACCAGUAGUCACGUCGGCUGGACCAUGAUGGAUUCGGAAGAGAUAUCCGCAAACGUCAAAGCUCAGACAAUCGCUGCGAAAGAACUUCCAAUCACCAGCAUACUCAUCGGUGUGAAAAAUGUUAAAUCUGCGCUUUUAGAAAUUGGUAAGAAUAUUUGUUAAGCAGACUUAUCAGACGUGCUCCUCAAACGUUAAUACUUGACAGUAAUACCGUUACUAAAAAAAAAAAAAAAUACAUGAUAAUAAUAACUGAUAAAAUUAAUUAGUUCGUAGAAGAAAGUCACGUCAAAAAUAUAAUUUUAUAACAAAAAAAUGUAUGUUUUACGAUUAUGAUUAAAAAUUUUGAAUCA